GCCUCAGCAUCGUUGGAACGUCUCCCAUUUCCUCUCCGCCAUUAUACUGUAGAUCCAAUGGAGUGAUUGUGGUUAUCUGGAGGUUUACACGGUGAUUAAUCCAUAGCGUGUGGAUGGAUACAAGCGUAGUGUCGAAAAUGGGUCGAUGAUGUCCACGAACUCGCAAACGAACGGGGCAAGCCUAGAAGAUUGCCACACCAAUUUCUUCGCCUUGACGGACUUGUGUGGAAUAAAAUGGCGAGUUUACAUGUGGGACAACCCUGGCGGAAGCUGCUACGCGACUGGCGGCGGCGGCGGCGGUGGCGGCGGGGGUCCAGCUGACCCCCUGGAGGACCCGGUGCUGAUGUCCUACUCCCGCAUGAUCGCCGCCGACGUGCUGUGCGUGUGGCGGAAGACCUGGCGAGGGCCGCAGGACACCCCCUCCUCUCCGCACAUGUCCCAGCACCAGCAUCACCACGCCCAGCACCAGCUCCGCCACUCCUUGCGCCACUCCCCCAAGGAACUGUGGGUCUUCUGGUACGGCGACGAGCCAGACCUCACCAACCUGCUAGCCCCGGAGCUCCUCAGAUGUGAGGAGGAACGGGGUGCGUGGGACUGGGAGAGUGGCCUGUCCUAUGAAUGCAGGACGUUACUCUUCAAGGCGCUCCACAACCUUAUAGAGAGAUGCCUCCUGACACGGGACUUUGUGCGUCUUGGACGAUGGUUUGUGCAGCCAUAUGAGGGGCCGGAGGGCGUCCCUGGCAGCAGCAGCACACACCUGUCGUUCAGCCUCUCGUUCUUUGUCCACGGCGAGAGCAUCGUGUGUGCCAGCGUGGAUGUCCGCCAGCACCCUCCAGUCAGACAGCUGACCCGGAAGCAUCUUCUUCUUGCACAGCAGUCCAACCAUGGUGUCCCAGUGAUAUUGGCUCCAUACGGGCUGAGUGGCACCCUGACUGGAGUGAGCUACCGCCACUCUGACCCCUCCGUACAAAAGCUGCUGGAUGAGUGGAGGCAGUUCUUCCCUGUCGAGACCAAAGCUCCGCCCAAUGAAUCCCUGGAGCCCCCACUCCCAGCAGCUGUGGAAGUUAUUGUUGGUGGCCACAAGAUGCGUUACCCAACCUGCUACGUGCUGGUCACCGACUUGGACGACUACUUAAUGGCUGGCCGGGGGAACACCACCGUGGUGAACGUGGGUCAGGCGGCGCAGGGCAGCCUCAAGGGCGGCCUGACCAGCGAGGCAUCCUCAGAGGCCAGCGAAACCACCAACCUGCCUGUCCACAACUCCCCCUUCAUGGCCUCCACCCAUACCCUCCUUGCCUCAGAAUACAUUGGUUGUGGUGGCCGGGGGCUGGGCUGGUCAAGGGGGAUGUGUGAGCGGGUGUGGCAGGAUGUGGUGCACAGCCCCGGCCAGCAGCCCCCACCCCAGCAUGAUGGCCUCACCCCGGAGGCCAUCCCUGCCGAGAUAGCUGGCCACUGGGAGUUCUCGGACCCUGCUACCAAGAUCAGCUGUUCCUGUGCCAAAUGCAGGAGGGGUCGGGUCAGUAAUAAAGGGUGUAGCAGCAGUAAGGGCCGGGGAGGAAAACUUGGUGGAGGGGGAGGCAGUGGGCGUCUUCGGGGGGGCGGCUGCUCCCUGGCCGGCUGCAUCCCCUUCCACAAGAGGCCUCCUGCAACCCCCUUGGCUGAGGCCGACCAGUGUGGCAUGCCAGCCAUCGAAGAUUCAGAACUUUUGCAGGCCACUGCCAGAUUGAGUGGAGCCGGGACACCAAGUGGAGGGAGUGGGGGCGGAGGAUUCGGAGGUUACAAGAGUGGAGGGGUGACCACGCCAGGUAGUGUUCCUUCCCUCAGGCUGACCGGGGUGAGCGACGGCCCUCCCCCCUCAGUGGACUCCCCUGCCUCCAUCACACCCUCACCCCUGCCCACACCCCACUCCCAGCCCUCUGUGCCUCAUCAUGAUCCCACCAUGCCAACCCUCAGCCCACACCCUCCCCCCUCCAACACAUCAGUGGGGGACCCUCCUACCCCUGCCCCCCCUGACUCAGUGGAUGUCAAGCCCAGUGUGUCUGACCUCAUUGGGCCAAAGUCUGUGUCAUCCCCCAACACCCAGGGCCUGUCUCCCCUGGUGGGUGGGGACAGGAGUAAUGGUGUGGAGUCCAAUGAGACCCCCAGCAGUAUAGGUGGGAGUGGCAGCAGCAAUAGCAGUGGUGGUGGUGGCAGUGGUGGUGGCAGCAACAGCAGUGGCAGUGGUGGUGGCAGUGGCGGUAGCGGCAGUGGUGGUGGCAGCGGUGGUGGCGGCGGCGGUGGCAGUGGCAGUAGCAGUGGCAGUAGCAGCGGCAGUGGUGGUGGCGCCAGUGGUGGUGGUGGUGGUGGCAGUAACAGUACCAGCAGCAGUAACAGCACAGGCAGUGGGGGUCCUCCGAGGGGGCUGAAGAGACCUUCCCUGCCUGGCACAGACUACCACUCACUUCUGGAGCAGGAGAAGCCAAGCACCGUCCUCUAUGAUUACACCAAGCUUAAUGCAUGGCUCCACCACCCUGUCAAGAGAUUCAAGCCAGCAGAACCUAAGGUGGAGGAACCUCUCUGGCCACCCUACAGACCUGCCCACAUCCAGGAGAAGAUGGAACCUUACAGGCAGGAGGUUGGCCAGGAGGUCCCUGAGAUGAACGGGCUGCCCCUGAAGCAUCCCUGCAGCAUCAAGAGGCCAGACGAUCCUUAUGACUUUGAGGAUGACCUAGGUUCAGGGGCCACCUUGGAGACCUACAAGAGGAAGGAUGGUCUGGAUAAGGAGGAGGCCAAGACCCCGAGCAGUGAGCAGUCCACUCAAGAUCCUCACUCUCCUUGUCAGCCAAAGAAAACCACUGGAAACCUCUACACCGCAGCCGGCCUCCAGCCAUCCUACGCCGACCUGGAGGACAUGUUUGACUCAGACUCCCCAGUGGAUGAUGGCACCUUCCCAGACCACACUCCACCAGGAUCCAAUAAGCCUUCUGGGGGUCCUGAAGACACUGCUGCAGUGCUCAGCAACAAGAGUGGUGGUGCUGGGAGCAAUAAAUCAAGUGUCAAUGCCAGUCUGGUGGAGCUGACCAAAAUGUUCCCCACUCCACCCUCCCAUGAGCACAACCCCGACCACGACCCGGUGCUGGAGGACGCCAUCAGUAUUAAGACAGAGCGGGUGGAGGAGCCCCGCCUGUCCCAGGUGCAGGAGCCCUCAGGGCACCCAUCCAGGGAAGAGCAGCCCCUCGUGCCAGCUGUGUACCAGCCCCCCACGGUGUCCAUGUUUGUAGGCUCCACCAAGUAUGCCCCACUGACCAACCUGCCCAGCCAGGAACAUAAAAUGGCUGUUUCCAUCCCAGAAGACUGGCUCUACAAACCUUCCUGGCAGUUCCCGGUCUCUGAGAAGCCCCACAGCACGGCCCCGCCCAUUGUCCACGUGGGGCCUCACUCUGGGGCUCCUUCUUCUUCUACUCCUACCAGCCAUAGCCAGAAGGCUGGGGUGUCUCCAAUCUCUCCCAUGCCCCCCAGCCUUGGGGGAUCCACCUCUGAUGGAGGCCCAGGCUCCCAGCGAGGGCCUGGCAGUGUAGGACCUGCCUCUGCUGGGCCGCCUAUCAACUAUGAGUUGACUUCGCCGGCCUCCAACCAGUCGUCCUACCUGAGCAAGGCACUGCCCUCAGUGGAGGCGGCAGGCCCCACGCUGGGCAUGAGCCAAGUACCUGAAGCCACCUCCCUUAUUGUGAACAUCGCCCUCCAGGACUCCAGCAUCAACCUGUUCCGGGACCACAACUUUGACUCCUGCACCAUGUGUGUCUGCAACAACAACCAGCGCAUCGUUGGCAACAUCCGGGGCAAUGAUGGCGCACUGUAUCUUCCUCCGACACAGCUCAGUGUGGAGGAGGAGAGCAUCUCUUGCAACUGUGGUUUCUCGGCUGUGGUGAACCGCCGCCUGGCCUUCCAGGCUGGCCUCUUCUAUGAGGAUGAGGUGGACCUCACAGGCUUGCAUGACGCCCUGGCCAACGAGUGCAAGAAGCAGUCACUGCACCUCCUCACCGACAACAACAACAAGGGAACAGAGAACUCUGACAGGGAGGGCGGGGCAACGGGAGGGACAGGGACAGGUGGAACAGGGACAGGUGCUACAGCGAGUGCAGCAGUGAGUGGUGCUGGUACCGGGCCAGGUAGUGGGGGUGGGACAGGCACACUGGAUCAGCUGCCUCAGUCCCUGUUUCGGCUGCUUCAGAGCCAGUGUCUAGUGACCCUAAGUACCCCCUCCAGUGUGUUGUAUCGCUCCACAACUGUCUACCAGAACACUCGCCGGGACAUCCUCCUCAAUAUUGUAGACUACAAGGACGGUAAUGAGAUAGCCUAUCUGGCUGUGGAACAGUCUCGGGGUGGUGGCCUUAGUGGCAUAACUGAGGGGGAGUCUGGCCCUGCUGGUAUCAGGUUACAGUGCAUGCACAAGUGGUGCUACUACCAGUUCAAUGGACCUCGUUGCUCUAGAGACAUUGUGCGUUGCAUGAAGGCCCUGCAGCCACACCUUCAGGAGGCUAUACAGAAGAAGGGACGCAGACUUAACUGGGAACCUGUGUUCAGCGUGGACGGGCCACUCACGUGGCGUCAGUUCCACCGCAUGGCCGUGCGUGGCACCGAGGACAUGGCCGAGCCUCUGCCCAUCCCCAUGCUGCUGGCUGGCCAUGACCGGGAUUGGCUCUCGGUGGCUCCCCAGUCCCUGCGUCAUUGGGAGAAACUGUUGCUGGAGCCCUACUCACAGCAGCGUAAUGUGGCCUAUGUGGUGGUGGCCCCUGACAACGAGUUCAUCCUCAGCCAUGUACGCACCUUCUUCAAGGAGCUGUCCUCUAUCUAUGAGCUGUGUCGGCUGGGAAGGCACUCCCCCAUCCAGAGGGUUUUAAGGAACGGCAUCAUGAGGAUAAGCAAGACAGCUGCCUCCAAGGUUGCUAAUGAGCCUCUGGAGGAAUGGUUCUCCCUUCUGGGUGAUUCUCACAUGUCCACCAAGCUCAAGGUGUAUGCUCAGGUGUGUCGACACUGGCUAGCGCCCCAUCUGGCUACCCUCAACAUGGACAAGAGCCUGUUUGAGACACACGGGUCCAGUAAGGCCACUGAGAGGCAGGCACCCUCACCCAUGCCUCCACCCUCAUCAGAAAAUGCGGCCACGCCCAACCCCUCCACCACCCCAACUCAGACUCAGGAGCCAGACACCGCUACUUACUCCUCCUCCAAUACCACCUCCUCCAGUGCAACUCCCAGCUCUCAGAGUAGUAGCACAGUGCUGGGAUCCGGCGCGAGCCUCAACGAGCCGGACGAGGAUGACUCUCCCCCGCCUGCCAUCCUGGUAUACCUAGUGGACCCCUUCAACGUGGGGGAGGACCAUCCUGACAUGCACCGCCUGGUGACCCUGGGACUCCUGCGCUGCUAUGAACACAUGCUGGAGGGUCUCCCGGAGAGCAUGCAGAACAAUGUGUACCUCCAGAUCAUCUCCCUGGAGAGCAUCCUGGAGCUAGCGAGUGAUUCCCAUGACCGUUCCCGUCACAUCGACCAACUCAAGUCCCUGGCGUUCUCGGUGUUCAUGCAGUGCCGCAGGACACUAACCCACAAUGCCUCAGUGAAGUCCCUCACUGGGUUUGGUCCUGCUGCUGUGUAUGAUGCCUUCCUCAAGCCAAAGGAAGCUAGUCUUGCCGCUGAGGAGAAGCGCCUCGCCCCAUACCACAUUUUCUCCCCGGCCUACAUCCUGGCUCCCAUCAAGGAGAGCCGUGGCACCUACAGGGAAGCACAGGAGGCAUUGGGGGUGCCAAGGGAGAAGUCCACCAUACUCAACUGUACCUACUGCCUCUCUGAGGAUCAGCGGUGGUUGUUGGCCACUGCAACAGAUGACCUUGGGGAAAUCCUUGAAACUGUCACCAUCAGCAUAGAGAUUCCCAACAGGACGCGAAGAAAGAAAGCUUCAGCGCGGCGCAUUGGCCUCAAGAAGCUGAUGGACUGGAUCCUGAGUGUCAUGUCCAUUGGGGUGCACCCUUGGCGCCUCAUUGUGGGGCGGCUGGGAAGGAUGGGGCACGGGGAACUGAAGGGGUGGUCCUCCCUGCUCUCCCGCAAGUCCCUCAUCCAGGCAUCGAAGAACUUGAAGGAAAUGUGCAAACAAUGUGCUUAUCUCUUCCCUGGGGACGCGCCAUGUAUCCUCUCUGCUUGCCUGGUCUCUAUAGAAGCAGACUCGUCCUUCCGCAUGAUGCCUGACAUGUUCACGCCUGAUGAGAGGUUUGGCCAGAACAGCCAGAACUGCAACCUGUCUACGCCUGAAGACCUCACCUGUACUCAUAUACUAGUGUUUCCCACCUCAGCCAAAACUCAGUCUGCCCAGAAGAUGUUCCAAGACGAGCAGACGUUUGAUGAGAAUGCAGACCUGCUGCUGGACAACGACGUGGAAAACGACAUAGAUGUAGUGAUGGAUGGCAUGCCCAUGGGCCUCAGCAUCAACGAGCUGCUCAUGCUGGACACUGGCCCCAACCAAGACGACCAGCUGGAGGAUGGGGGCGGCCACCGGGACUCCCUCUCACAGCCCUCCAGCCCCAUCAUGGGGGCUGGAGGCCGGACCAGCCCUUCUCAGUUUUCUGGACAGGCACGGUCCAAUGGUGUGGUUUUGGUGGACCCCCAGGAGGAUGGCCGUGGCUCGGUGCUGCAGCAACCACUUGCCCUCGGUUAUUAUGUUUCUACUGCCUCGACAGGCCGGUUGCCCCGCUGGUUCUGGUCUGCUUGCCCUCACCUGGAGGGCUCUUGUCCUGUGUUCCUUAAGUCCGCCCUCCAUCUCCACUCCCCAGGCAUCACUCAGUCAGAGGAGUUUGUGCACAACACCAACAAUAAAGUCCACCCCCUGGACUCCUCCUACACCACAGAUGUCCUCAGAUACGUGCUUGAGGGCUACAAUGGCCUGUCAUGGCUGGUGCUGGACCCAGCAAAGCAGGACAGGAGGUCAUGCCUGCCCCUCCACAUGCAGGUCCUUGCCCACCUGUACAACAUUAUGGCUGCCCUCGUAUGAUGUCCCAAGGGCAAGGAUAACGUGUCUUGAUAUCAGUAUUUCCUUGAGCUGUGGUGCAAUUGUUGGGCUUUACAGAAAGUGUCUCCUCGCCGGACUACAAAAAAGUGCUCUUGAAUGAAAUUACAUCAUGGUUUGUUUUAUGGAAAAGUGUUCUUGUAAUUGUUCUGUAUUUUAUAUAAAUUUUAACCACUAAUUCAGAUUCUAAUUUCAAGGAUCUCUAAAAAUUACUUCAUGAAAAUUCAACAAGAGGCAGAAUUUUCCUAACCAUUUGUAAUUUGGAAAUGACCUAAUAACGAAUAGCCUCGUGGUUGUUUUGAUGAAAUAUUUUGUUAAGAAUUUUAAUAUUUAAUUUUUAUGGUGAGUGAGUUUGUGCCUGGGUGACUCUCAAGAGGCUUACAAUGAGCUGCGGGUUGUAGCGUAGUGCUGGCGCGUGUUGGAUCAGGGAGGCAGAGCAGACGAACCAAAGCAUUAUUACAGUAGGGCUGAUGCAUAAUUUUCUUAAUGCUCAAAGGGAAGGUGUUACCUCACAAAACUUGAAUUAUCUCAAAGAUCAAUGUAUAUAUAUAUAUAUACUUAACUUAUUGACCAGGAGUCCACCACAAUGCAAUCAAAACAGUCCUGCCUUAGGGAGAGGGACGCACGGUCGGACCACCUCGGCAGACUGGGAGGAGCCGCGGCGACCGGCUGUACGUUGUGCUGAAUCACACUCUUGGGCGAGCGUAGGCAGGUGGGCUGUUGGUCCGUCAGGCUGGGCAAGGUUAGCCAGUGCAUUGUUAGUGACUAGUAUCCAAGCAGGAUUGUCUGUGAUAAAAUGAGUGACAGAUUGUACUUCAUAUUGGAUAUUUAUGCCUUUUAUUAUUAACCGGUUUUCAGCAUUGCGGUGCUGGCAACUCGAGUAAUGUAAACUAAUAAGGCAGUGGUGUACAAGCCAGGUGGGCCCAACUCUUAAGAGGCCAAGAGCCGCUGCCCCCCCAGUGCUCCAGAUAGUGUACAGAGCAGCGCCAGUUUGUUCACUCACCUGUAGCCAAAUUGUACAUAAAGAUUUAGGAAGGUGACCUGUGAGCCCCUGGGAGGUGGCAGUGUGUGAUUGGCUCCCAGUGACCCCCCAUCUCCCCCCCCCCACUGCUGGGUGUACAUAGCCUAGGUUACUUGUACAGCGAGACACACGUUUUACACCUCCUGACUGUUUAUAAAAGUUAAGAAGUAUUCUCUCUCCCUCUGGUGCAACUGCCUCCCAUCUUGAUGCAAACGGAAGGGGUUGUAGUGUAAAAUAUUUCUGUCAGUAAAUUCAAUUGUUUAUUUUGAGACUAACUUAAAAAAAACAUAAAAAUCAAGUAGUAUUUAAGGCUAGAUAGUUUAAAGAAGUAUUUUACAAAGGAAACAUUUGUACAAGAAGUGUAUGUAUUUUACAAAGUGGAAGACAGUUGAACCUUCCACGGCAAGAAAGUGCUUCACUCGUCUCCGGGUCCUGCAGCGGUGCGUGACUCUGCCCAACAAGACAGUAGUGGUGAGGUGGGCGCCGUGGGGCUGCCACAGUGGCCGGAGGGACUGAGGAGUGAAGACAAAACUUAAUGCACUUUUAUGCAUUCUUUUGAGGUUGGGACAGCCUUAUGCCAGCCAGGGUGCGUGUGGAGCAAGCUAUUUAUAUGUGUGUGUCGUGAGGAGUCGUGAGCCAACAACUGUCUACCAGAUGAACUGUUUCAGGACUGGACCGUUUUGUUACAUUUUUUAGGAAAUGUGUAUUUUAUGAGGUACUAUAGCAUUUUAUAUGUAAAGUUUUAUUUAUGUUGAGUUUCCGACUAUGCAGUAUUGUAGAGAGAGUAUUUGAUGGGGCUUCAUCAGGUGUGUGACACUGCUAUGUGGACUCUGAAUAAUGAAUAACUCUUAGGACUCAUUCCACUUUCAAGCCAAAUUUUGAUCAGUAAAUUGUUUUUGAAAAGCAAAACAUUUAUGUGAAAUUGAGUAUUGAGACUGCAAUAAAGUGACUGUAUGCAAUCACAGAAAUAAAUGAGAUUAGCUGUGCAUAGAGUAGACAGAUAAGGUCAGGGUUGGCUGUGGGCCGGCGGCAGCUUCUUCCUUGCUCAAGCACUGUACUGUCUGUCCUGUCCUCUUCCUUCCAUUCACAGGAGUAGCGGCGGCGGUGACGUGCAGACCGGCAUGGCACAAACCAUCCAUCCUCCUAAGCACAAAGUGUAGGAUAGCCUUAGGACGCCCCACAUGUCACUCCAUCCCGCCACCCUGCCACUCAUUCCUACUCUCAUCUUAAGUUGUUUCCACUUAUUGUACAGAGGCAUCCACGUGAAUUGGUGGAUGUUUGUUUUAGACAUUUUUAACAUUACCAUUAUCAUGUAUACAUUCUCUCUCUCUCUCUCUCUCUCUCUCUCUCUCUCUCUCUCUCUCUCUCUCUCUCUCUCUCUCUCUCUCUCUCUCUCUCUCUCUCUCUCUCUCUCUCUCUCUCUCUCUCUCUCUCUCUCUCUCUCUCUCUCUCUCUCUCUCUCCGCAUAUGACAUUAUCUUGUGAUCUCUCUCUCUCUCUCUCCGCAUAUGACAUUAUCUUGUGAAGCACCACGUACUGGACAUGACUAUUGGCAGUAUUGAUCCUUUAUGAAUUGUAAUGGUUUGAGGUGUUCCCAUUACCUGUAGACUGACAACACCAUCUUAGGUAGUGGCUGGUACAAGGCACCUCCAUACAUAUGUACAAGCAUUCCUUGACACGUAUAUCGCAGUGUAAAAGGAUCAGCAAAGAGCAGGAAAGGUUCUGAAAGAAUAGAGAAGCGAGUAAAGAGCUGUGUGAAAGAAGUUACUGGUUGAGUUUAGGAGGAUAAAAUUAUUAGAGCCUUAAAGGAGGGAGUGCCAGGACUGGACUUCAUUGACUUGUAGCCAUUCCCAGAAGCACCAGGCAUUGAUAGCUAGAUAGACACUGAGGUUCAGAGUGCUGUGUGUGUGUGUUGAGUGGGCGAGGGAUUGUGUUGCUUGCAGUGCAAGUACCUCAAGUUGCCCACGGGGAGUUUAUUACGUUUGCUGUGGAAUGUGACCAAGAAAGUCGUUAGCUGUUGAGCGGUUCUUAAAUUAUUAAAUUGUUUUUUAUUUAUUGCCGAAUAUUUCUGGAGUUAUUGAGGUUCCAACUGAAGCAGAGACAAGCUUACAAGUUCUAAAGAGCUUAAUAGUAGUUGUUCCUUUGAUAACUUUAACAUAAAUCAUAAGAAAUUAUAGAAAUGUUCUAUAAUAAUAGAACCACCAUCGCUUCUACUAUGAAAGUCAGACUAACCGCAGCAUGUUCAUGGUUGUCGUCAGUCCAUAUCAAGCAUUGAAACAUUCACCAUCACCACCACAUCCGAAAGGUUCACUCAUUCAUCAUCAAAUUACACACACACACACACCACCCCAAGCUCAGUGGAGAGCGUCCACGCUUGUCAUUCGACAGGCGUAGGUUUGAACCCCACUCAGGUCAUUAAGGAUGGUUCAUGGUGGUGGUUACUCUCUUCCUCUGAGCAAGGGGGAGGGUUGUGUGCGUAUGACGCCCCAGCUUUACCCAUAGUUCAAUCUCUAUGAGCUUUGAGCUCCUGGGAGGGUAACCAGACCAUCGUGAAAUAAACACACCCCAAGGUGAAGGUCAGGGAAGGCCCUCCCCUCCCCGCCGCCGUCCGCUCGCACCCUUCCCUUCUCUUCUCCGUCAAACUUUACAAUAAUUAUUUUUUUAUGAAGCUGACCCUCGCCUGACUCUCCCAGCAUAUCAGCGUUUUGUUUGGGUUGUGCUGCCAAGGCCCGUGUGAGGUGAGCGUGUGUGAGUGUGAGGUGGGGCCGUGCUCCAGGCCCCCCACUGUCAUUAUUAUCAUUGGUAUAAAAUACAGUUUUAUGUGUAA